AUGAUCUUUGCUUUUCUCUCAGCUCGGUCCCAUUAUGUACGGUGCGCUUUUAAACGUUUAGCGAAAUACGAGCAUGUUUUGCUAUUGUAUAACGGGCCUCCGGUUCUGUAUGCUUCAAAGACCGAGCAUUUGAACGCUUUUUUGUUCGGUGUCUUCAUCAUUAAGCGAUUUCACUUCUCUGACCCAGAAAACUUGAACGAGGACGAUAUUCGGGAGACUUUUUUUUUCCAUUUCUCUACCUAUUCCAUUCAGCACUGUGUCUUCAUGAACUCUGCACAUUGUGACACCAUGAUCGAGCUUUUCGCGCAUGUUCAGCCUCAUUCCAACAUUUUGACGGUGACUGAAUCGACGCAACUUCUAAUGAUAUUCGGAAUGAUUUUUUACAAUCAAAGGGCGUUUAUGGAAGUCAUUAAAAGC